AUGCAACAUAGAGCGGAAGCAGAGUUCGAGGCUAUGGGAACCAGCGGUGCACAGGGGCGGAGCUUCGUGGAUAUGCGUACGCUAAUUGAUGCCAUACGUCUACUCGAUCAUGGAGUACCCCGAGCGGAAAUUGAGAAAAAGCUUCAUAUGAAGCACGGGCUGCUGAACAAGCUAGGCAGACCAGGUAUACUUUCUCACGAAACGACAGCUUAG